GAGAGGGAGCAGUGCUGGAGCUCGCUGGCUGAGUGCCGCCCGGACAGUGCGUGCUUGCCUGCAACGUGGGUGCCUGCAGGUGAUGGGCAGCGCCUGGGGCCAGAGAGCUUUGUGCCAGAAGCAGAAGUCCUGUUUGCCUGAGUUUUGGUGACACUGCCAGGCUCACCACAUCACCUGUGCCCCUCACCUCCUCACCUGCGUGGCCGUGACCUCCAGCCGCAGGUCCAGCACACUGGUCACCCCACCCCCAGGGGGCCCUCGCACGGGCUCCCGCAUGAGCUAUGAGUGGCACUUUGCUGUUGCUUGGGGACCUGCAGCGGGUGAUGCAGCGGGAGCCGCGUGGCGUCUGGCCGGGGAUGCUGUGGGCUGCCGUGGGAAUGCCUGGCUUCCUGAGCGCAAAGUGACUGCAACUAACUCGAGGUUGGGACUACUUCUUGGAGGAUGCCCUGUGUGUCUCCAGUCAUUCCUCUCUGGCCUCACCGCAGAAUAUUUGGAGUUGCUUGCUCACCCCUGCUGAGGGGGGACAGAGGUAUAGGCCUCCAGAGGGUUAAGAGCAUCUGCCUUUAUGCCAAGUGUUUGAGCAGGAAAUAAUCUGCAGAGAUACAUGUGCAGCAAUUCAACUGCUGCUGCUCUCCCAGGCUGCUGCUGCUGCAGUUCGGUGUAUGAGAGAGGCUGCGCUGCUCACAGAAGAUGCUUUCUUGGUGUGUCCGAAGCACCAGGCAUGGCAGCAGAGCCCCGGCUGUCUGAGCUGGGGUAAAUGUCUCCAUCCAAGAGGAAUUAUGUUGACUUGCUGGCUCUAUCUACUCAGGUCUCCUGGUGUAUCUGAGUCUCCUUUCCGGUAAGCAGUUCAGCUCAGUGCCAUCCACAAGUGCAGAGUGCUUCAAAAAGAGCCCACUGAAGGCAUGCUAGCAAGACCCUGAGUCACAGAUGGAGCAAACUUUCCUUACUCAUCACUGUACACUGGCCUCAAAUCCUCUUUGGAGCAGCUACCAGAGGGGCUGAACUUUGAUGUUUCCUUCUGUGCUGCCUGGGACUUUUUCCAUGUUAGCAAAGGCUGAUGGAAACCUGUAUCUAGGUGGUACUGUGUGAGAGUGAGAUACUCGCCCUGCUCCCUGACAGCCUCUCCCUUCUUCCGUCCCUGCCAGCAGUGCUGUGUCACCACGCACCAGAUGUGCAAGCAGCUGCAAAGAGCUUCCCUCCCUGAGCGCAGGUGCUCUCUUUCAAGAAAAAAAAUGGUGGACCUGGAAACCAGCUGGAGAUUGCAAAGUCUCCUUUCCUUUGAGGUUGCUUGUCAGUGGUCAUCUUCUAUCACACCCAAGGAAACUAGAAGAGCUCCACACUAGCUUCUGUAAGGUUUGCUUCACUAUGGAAGAUCAAAUAAUUUUCUGGCUCAGGUUUUGUGAAGUUCGGCAUCUGCCUUGGACCCACAGUUUGGAAAAAGGAUCAUCUCUGAGGCACGGUUAAGGGACAGAAAACCCAGUCCCAGCAAUGAGCACUUUAAGUAGCACUGGAAUAUUACUCAGCUUAACGACAGUGUCUGUUACGCUGGAUUUUAGUUUGCAUGGUGGUCUGAUGGCUUGGUCCUUAAGCAGCAAUUUGACUUUGAAUCAGAGUUUACCUACAUCUGAUCCUCUUAAUGCCUCUGAGAAGGGUGAAGUCUCUCGGAUGUCCAUGAGGGAGAAGAACUGGCCUGCCCUUCUGAUCUUGGUUGUCAUCCUGCUGACCAUUGGGGGGAACAUAUUGGUAAUUAUGGCUGUGUCCUUGGAGAAGAAGUUGCAGAAUGCCACAAACUUCUUCCUGAUGUCCUUGGCAGUGGCAGACAUGUUGGUGGGUAUCCUGGUCAUGCCCGUGUCACUCAUUGCAGUCCUGUAUGAUUAUGCUUGGCCUUUGCCUAAACAGUUGUGCCCUAUAUGGAUUUCCCUAGAUGUGCUCUUUUCAACUGCAUCUAUUAUGCAUCUCUGUGCCAUCUCUCUUGAUCGGUAUGUAGCAAUACGCAAUCCCAUUGAGCACAGCCGCUUCAAUUCCCGCACCAAGGCUAUUAUGAAAAUUGCUGCAGUUUGGACCAUAUCCAUAGGGAUAUCUAUGCCCAUUCCGGUCAUUGGUUUACAGGAUGACUCCAGGGUGUUCGUAAAUGGGACCUGUGUCCUCAAUGAUGAGAACUUCGUCCUCAUUGGAUCCUUCAUGGCGUUCUUCAUCCCUCUCAUCAUCAUGGUGAUCACGUAUUGCCUGACCGUCCAAGUUUUGCAGAGACAGGCAACAGUGUUCAUGUGUGGAGAGGUGCCCAAGCAGAGAAGAAGCAGCGUAAACUGCCUCAAGAAGGAAAACAACACAGAGAAUAUUUCAAUGCUUCACAAUCAUGAGGGAGCAUCUCACUUGAACUCUCCUGUAAAUAAGGAGGCAGUGCUUUUUCGGAAAGGAACUAUGCAGUCCAUCAACAAUGAGCGAAGAGCCUCCAAGGUCCUAGGCAUAGUCUUCUUUUUGUUCCUCAUCAUGUGGUGCCCAUUUUUCAUCACUAAUGUCAUGUCUGUUCUUUGCAAGGAAGCCUGCGAUAAAGACCUCUUGAGUGAACUCCUUGAUGUGUUUGUUUGGGUGGGGUAUGUUUGCUCUGGGAUUAAUCCCCUCGUAUACACGCUCUUCAAUAAAACGUACCGCAGGGCUUUUUCCAAUUACAUCCGUUGCCAAUACAAGACCAGUAAAAAAUCAGCGCUGCGGCAGAAUCAGUGUUUGAAUGUUGCUUCAACAGCUUUAUAUGGGAAAGAUCUGACUUUAACUAGUUAUCGAAAUGGCAAUGAACUCAAUAGCAUGGAACUAGAUGAGGAGGGCCUUGAAAUGCAACCCGGGACUUCAGAGCUCUCCAUAAACAGCUGUAAUGUUGUAAGUGAAAGGGUGAGCUGUGUGUAAAAGUGGCUUACACAGCCUUUUGCUACGGUGUAUCUGUAGCCAAAAUAUAUUGUGUAAAAAUGUAAGUGUUGGUCAAAGGACAAUGUAAAUACUGCAUUCUGAACAAAGUUGGUUGUUUUUUUUUAAAGAAAAAAGUUAUCUUUCCAGUCCAGUACUUAAAAUCAUAUCUAUUAAUAUACUGCAGUGAAGUUUAAGGUUCUAUAUUUACUGUUAAUACUAGAUCAGAACUAUUAGUUACUUUGCAUAUGUCAUGGACAAAAUGUUUGAAUUCUUUUUCAGUGCAUGAACAAAACUGCUGAAUAUUUAUCUCAGGUGGCAUUUGCUGGAGUCCAGAAUGGCACAUUAAUAGUUAUAUAUCGACUACAUAAUAUUAGACUUGGUCAGUAUAACUUUCUUUUUCAAGUUGACAGUAAAUAUAUACUUUAAAUCCUCACCCCUAUUUGUGCCGUGUAAAGACUGUACAGAAACCUGGCAGAGAGAUGUCAUUAAAGCGUAGCGGCUGUGCAGGCACCUGGCCAGACAUGUCCUGUUACAGGUAGUGGCUUGCUGCCAUACUGGGGCAAUCUUGGACUUCACAGGACCUCUGUUAAAUUUUUACUCCCUCUCCAAUCCUGCUGUUUUCUUUCCAUUCCCCAGGAGGCUCCAGCUCCCCUCAGGAAGGUGGGCAAUGCAGUUCUGGUGUGGUUGUGCGAUCUUGGCUGGGAUCACUUGCACACUUGGAGAAGAAGCAUGAGAAACAGAGUGAACCCCAGUUAUCUGCUUCAACCAUUUUAUAAAUGGAGUGCCUCAGAUUUAUAAAAAGCCCUCCUUUGGUCUUAUAGAUAAUCGUCAGCUCUGGCAUGGAGCAGGCUGUGCUCAGUGCAGAUGGUGCUGCCUUCACACAUUGUUUGGAUGAUCAGGGUCUUUGGUUGACCUGGAGAAGAGUGCUCUGGCUUUGUACAAGCUCUUGUCUUCUUGGUCCUCACAUCUAUUCAUUCCUUAGCUUGUUUAGAAUUUGCUUUUAUUUUUCUACAUCCUGAGUCUUGCAGUGCUGGUGAUAAAACACUGCUUGGGUGUAGAGCAGAAGCUGCUGUGCGUGUGGUGCUGGUCGGGGUCAGGCUGUGAGGUGCAGCAUAUGCCUCCCUGGGGCAUGGUCGGGAGAGAGGCAUAAAUGAAGGUCCUGCUCGUUGCUGCUGUCUCAGGAGGGAGCGGGCAGAGCUGGACAGAGUAUGGGACUGAAAUCUUUUGUGGUGAUGUGGUUCAAAAGCAAAUGAUAACCAAGGACAGGAAGGAAGCAGACCUGGAGCUAGUCUACAUGGAAGAUUAAUUUGGAUUAACUUUUAAAUUUGAUUUAUUCAAUUUCACUCCCAAAGUAAAUUAUAGUAUAUCAUAUUAACACCACUUACAUCUUAAUGAAAGCAUCCACAUUGGGAUUUAAUGCAGUUUAAGUAAUCUGCUUUUAAUUCACACCAUGUAUAAUUUGAAUUAAUUUUUCUCUGUGUUCCUGUGUAGACAAACACUCCAAGGCAUUGUGUCUUUCUGGCACUGUGCCUCUGGGGUGAUGCCUCUUAUGCAAUUUUCCUUGUGUAGAGCAUUGUCUAAUGCCCGAUAUCACCCAUACAGUUUUUACAUCUUCAUUAACUAAUACAGAAAUGCUGCAGUGCCCAUCUGACAUGGAUGCAUUUAGCAUUACUGACAGCCUCUGGCUAUGUAAAUCCUCAGAACAGAAAAGCUUACACUAGGCAUGGAUAAAUUGCAUUUUACUAACAUAAACUGCUUGCUGUGUUCAUCCCACCAAAACUAACUUGUAGAAGAAA